AUUGAUCCUUGCGGCUCUCCGUAGAUGUGUGUGGAAGCAACCCAGUGCUGGCUGGAAACAAAUCACAAUGGCUGAGUGCACUACGUUGGAUAGUCUGCUGGAAAUGGGCUUCGACAGAAACCGAGCGGAGAAGGCUGUAGCACACACUGGAAACCAGGGCAUUGAGAGAGCCAUGGACUGGUUAAUGGAGCAUGAGAACGAUCCAGAUAUAGAUGAGCCUUAUGUUUCGCCCGCUGGAAAUACUCUCGGCACAACAGAAGAACAGAGCCAGUCUCCCACAGAACCUCCUGAACCCAGUGAAGUUGCUGAACAAGAGGGUGAUCCUAAACAACCUAUUUCAGAGGAAGAAAGGAAGGAACAAGUUAAACGACUGGAGGAGUUGAUGAAGAUAAGACAGGAGGAGAGGAGAGAGAGAGAACGAAAGGAGGAAAUAGAAAGAGAGAAGCAGAGGAGGAAACAGGGCCAAGAGCUGCUGCAUGUUAAACAGAAGCUUCAAGACGACGAAAUGAAGAAGCUAGCGGACCAGCGCAGGAGAGAGAAGAUGGAGGACAGGCUUGCCAAGCAGCGAGUUAAAGAAAAGAUUGCACGAGACAGAGAGGAGAGAGCACGAAAGUUUGGAGGUGGUUCAUCAAGCACGGGUUUGUCAUCUCCCCCCUCUGAAGCCCCUCUGCAGUCUCCACCUGAGAACCAAGAGGCUUCUCCUCCUAAGAAAGACUACGAUGACUGUCGGAUACAGGUGCGUCUUCUAGAUGGAUCCACCAUGAGCACCGUGUUCAAGGCUCAGGAGCCUCUGGCUGCUGUGAGAGUCUAUGUUCAGAUGAAUGGAGCAAACGGACAGGAUUUCAACCUCAUCACCCCAUAUCCCAGACGUGUGUUCACAGAUCUAGACAUGGAAAAACCCCUGAGUGAGCUGGGUUUGGUGCCUUCUGCUGUCCUUGUUGUUAUCAAGAAAUGAAGCGAAACAAUUAUAGAAGCAAGCUGUUCUUCCAGACGUCAACACAAGUUCUAAAGGAUUUCUCUAUGGAGACUCUAUGAAUCAGUGGACUGCAGUGAUUUCACUUAAAAGACCAAACAAGCAAUGAAGUGAAUUGAUCAGUUUCAUUAAACGUAAACCUGUUGAUAUUGCUUCAUAAAGGGUGAAGUGAGUUUUCACAGUGAUGAACAUUGAGAAGGUGGUGUUUUCGGUUUUGCGACAUGGAAAAAAGCCAUUUUCAACAAUAAAAUGUUUCUUACUUGUCUUAGUUUUAUGUUUUGAAUUUUAUAUUGGCUAUGGAAGUAAAGGCAAAAUAUGUAAAUAAGCAGAAACUUAGAAUAGUCAAUAUCAAGAAUUGGGCUAUACCAAAUUGUAAUAUUCAUGUUUGGAAAAGGGUUUAACAUCACUCCCUCACUCUUUUGACAUUUGCUCUAGUUACGCACUGCUGUGGCUUUCGGAGGAUUGAGGAUGUAUGAGUGCAUCACAUGAAGAAGCACCCCAGACCUCAUCUUUGAAGGGAUGUAAACUGCUAGGGUAGUACUAAUGGUACUGGUUCCAUGGGUUUGGUAGCCUGUAUACCGUUGCUGCUGAGACACGGGGACAAUAUUUGUAUACAAUACAUACUUCAAAUUGGGAUGCACUUUUGAUCUUUUAAAAGCUUUAAAAAAAAAAAAAAAGCCUCCUACAGGGUUAAAUGCAGUGCUUUAACAAUACAGUAUUAAUGUGCUCAUUCAACCCUUUACCUGGCACCAGAUGCCAUAGCUCCCGUAUGAUCCACUCAUGUCUCCGCCCAUCAUAGAGGGAGGGGGUGUUGUCAUGGGAGGCAUUGUGGGUGCCGUCAAGACAGAUGCAUUGUUCAUUUUACUCAUCUUUUCUGGAUCAUCAUUAUCGCUUGAGGAAAAACGCAAGCGCACUUUCAAGAGGAAUUCACAACUGAAUGUAAAAUGGAGAUCGGGGUUCUCUUAGCACUGCUUGUCUCUUUGCAUCAUGUUCCUUCAGUCGCUUCUGGUGCUCCUCCUACAUGCUAAACACAUAACAUACAAGAAAAACAUUAAGAAAGAUUUAAGUACCUAGUAGGUAACCUAGUAAUGCCGAAUCGACACAGGGAAAAAUAGAAAUGUAGUGAAUAAAUACAUUUGUAUAAACGUAAAAAUAACUAAUACAUUUGUAAUUUAUCAUAAUAUACACGUUUUAACAGUUGUGCUGAAGUUACUUCCACGAUGGUCUGAAUUAAUUCUGACCGCUGUACUGUGCUCCCAAAGUCUUCAGCAAAUUGCAGGCCACAUUGGGAGAAAAGGAUUUGGGUUUUUGGGGGGGGAGAGAGGAGCAGCGAGAGCUUUGGCCACACACACUGUAGAACCCCACCUACUGUAGAACCCCACCUCCAUUAGUCCCCAGGUCACUUGACAUCCCCAGCUCCAGAAGGUUUUGAUACAAUCUGCCACUAUCCUGAGGAUCCAAAUUCCAGAGUCAUGAAAUACUGCUAGUGUGGUGCGCUGUAUUGUGAUCAGUAAUACCAUUCAAAAGGGCUGAUUAUAAUUUAAGAAGUUUUAGAAAGAAGGGUCUUACACUCACCAAAACUGCAUGGUUCUUGCACAGCUUGUGAAGAAAGCAAGCCAGUUUGAGGGAGUAGAAGGAAAUGAGUGGGGGAUUGAAUUUACUCUGCUCCACAGUUUCCUUCAGCAGAGCAUCCACCACAUUCAAAUGUCCUGCUCUCCGCUCCAGACCUACCCUUCUCAGAUGCACCACAGCCAAACCAGGCAUGGUCAUUCUCAACUGAUUCUAUAAUACGCUGGGCCUCUGAAAUAAUGGUAAUAAUGUCAUGUACACAUUCUGCAGUAGCUAUAACAAAUUCACAUUUCACUCAUUGCAUGUCUCACCAUAUUUUGGUUAACCAAUGUUAAAGGGUGCUGUAUGCAGGUUUUGAACUCUACUAAAGCAUAAAAAUACCAUAAUUUGUUUGCAGAUAUUUAAGAAACAUGCCAAGUCAACGUACUUGUUUAUCUGAAAAACAAUGCUACAGUCAGUUAUUCUCCUUUGAAAACGUACAUUCAGUGAUGUCAAUCUUUGUUUUGGUUUGUGAAACCCACCUACUGCCAGUUUACGUACCGUUUGUAUUUUGGCACCCCGGUCGCCAAUUGGCGGAAAAAACUGUGCAUUUCAUUUUAUUCAUCGUCAAGUGCGGUUGUUCCUGUUUGUGUCAUCAAUCUGGCAACCUAGUGUGUCAAGUCUGAGGAGGAGGGGACGGGUAAAGAAUCCCUCUCCAAUAUUUUGAAUUUGGACUGAAAUACUAGUUCACCCACUGUGUCAAUCCUCAAUACAGCACCUUUAAUUCAGCGGUAGUCUUCCACACAGGACACACUUAUUGGAAAAAAA